AUGUCCGCCUACCAACCCACAACCACCCAAACCACAACCGCCCAGGACUCCAUGGCUAUCGACACCACCGCCCGCACCGUCCACUACAAAUGCGGCGACUGCGACCAAGACGUCCCGCUCAAGCGUGGCGAGCCGAUUCGGUGCCGCAACUGCGGGCACCGCGUGCUGUAUAAGCAGAGGACAAACAGGAUGGUGCAGUUUGAGGCGCGGUGA